ACCACUUUGUGCUUUGUGCAAAUGCCUCCCAAGAAGAAGCAGGUCGGGGGACCCAUUGAGGUCGCGCCUUCACCUUCGACUUCGAAGCCUCCAGCUCAGAAGAAUCCAGAACCACAAGCAGAAGCACCAGCUCCAGCACUCGUUGCGGACCCCGCGAAGCACAAACGUACCAAGACGAGGGUUUCAGUCCAGGAAGAACCCAAUGUCUUCAAGCAAGAUGAUUCAUUUUCGGCACUCCUGGAACCAUUCUACGCUGGGAAAAGUCUGACUGAUCCUAUCGACACAGCCAAAGACAAAUGGAACCUCCUACCAGCAUUUUUGAAGGUCAAGGGACUAGUCAAGCAACAUAUCGACUCCUUCAACUUCUUUAUUGAGCACGAGAUCAAGGAAAUUGUGAAGGCCAACAAGAGGGUAGGGAGCGAUGUCGAUGGGAAUUUCUUCCUAGAGUACACAGACGUCCGAGUAGGAUCUCCAGAACGCCUCGAAUACGACGAUCGAAGGCCCCAGAACGAAAUUACCCCCAACGAAUGCCGUCUCCGCGAUAUGACAUAUGCUGCUGCGAUUCGGGUGGAUGUAAAGUACGUUCGAGGCAAGGAAAUAAUCAGCCGAAGGAAUAUUGCCAUUGGAAGGCUUCCUAUCAUGCUUCGCAGCUCGAAAUGUCGACUCGCAGGCAAGAAUGACCGGGAAAUGGCACAUAUGAAUGAGUGUGCUCUUGACCCGGGUGGAUAUUUCAUUGUCAACGGUACGGAGAAGGUUAUCCUGGUUCAAGAGCAGUUGAGCAAGAACAGAGUUAUUGUCGAGACCGAUGUAAAAAAGGGUAUCGUCUCUGCAUCUGUGACGAGUUCUACUCACGAACGCAAAUCGAAGAGUUAUGUGCUGAUGAAGAAGGAACGGAUUUACCUCCAGCACAACAUCCUCCAAGAGCCAGUGCCAAUUGUGAUUGCACUCAAAGCAUUAGGGAUACAGUCAGAUCACGAAAUGCUGCUUCUUGUGGCGGGAACAGACAGCACAUAUCAGGACGAGUUCUCAGUGAACUUUGAGGAGAGCACAAAACUUGGCGUCUUCUCUCAGCACCAAGCUCUUGAAUACGUUGGGGCUCGAGUCAAAAUGGGUGCACGGAACAAGAGUCAGGGCGCUCCCCAGCGCAGAAAUCACAUAGGAGACGCUCUGGAAGCCCUUGCCAACAUUAUCAUCACCCACGUACCAGUCACUGGAUUGGACUUCCGCCCAAAAGCACUCUAUAUCUGCUUUAUGGUUCGUAGAGUCCUCAUGGCGAUGCAUGAUCCCAAACUCGUGGACGAUCGAGAUUACGUUGGUAACAAACGCCUAGAACUGGCUGGACAACUGCUGUCAUUGUUAUUCGAGGACUUGUUUAAGAAAUUCAACGCUGACCUUAAGAUGAAUAUCGACAAGGUCUUGAAGAAGCCGAAUCGGACCAUGCAAUUUGAUGCUUAUAAUCAUAUCCAAUCUCAUGGAAAUUACAUCACGCUGGGCAUGCAAAGAGCGAUCUCCACGGGGAACUGGAAUGUCAAGCGUUUCAAGAUGGACAGAGCUGGCGUCACGCAUGUUCUCAGCAGACUGAGCUAUAUCAGUGCCCUCGGAAUGAUGACUCGCAUUAGCAGUCAAUUUGAAAAGACUCGAAAAGUCAGUGGGCCCCGAGCUCUGCAGCCAUCUCAAUUUGGGAUGCUCUGCCCUUCUGAUACCCCUGAAGGUGAAGCUUGUGGUUUGGUCAAGAAUUUGGCCCUGAUGACCCAUAUCACGACAAAUGACGAUGAGGAACCUGUAAAGAAGUUGAUCUUUGUCCUUGGGGCAGAAGACAUCGUUUCUAUGAGUGGGAAGGAGAUCUACGAAGAAGGCGCCUACGUCGUUUUCGUCAAUGGCACACCCCUUGCCCUCACACGACAGCCAAAAGGAUUCCUAAACUCUUUCCGGAAGUUUAGACGAAUGGGCCGUGUCUCCGAGUUCGUGAGCAUUUACAUCAACCACCAUACAAAUGCAGUACAUAUUGCCACGGAUGAGGGACGGAUCUGCCGGCCACUUAUCGUGGUUGAGAAUCAAAAGUCCAAGGUCUCGGUACGAUAUUUAGAGGCUCUAAGAAAGGGCACCAUGGACUUUGACGAUUUUCUUUACAGAGGUCUCGUCGAAUAUGUUGAUGUCAACGAAGAGAACGAUUCGAACAUUGCUCUUUACGAAAACGAAAUCAACGAGACUACGACGCAUCUCGAAAUCGAACCUUUUACAAUCUUAGGGGCCGUUGCAGGCCUGAUUCCAUACCCUCAUCACAAUCAAUCUCCCCGAAAUACCUACCAAUGUGCAAUGGGGAAGCAAGCUAUUGGAGCUAUUGCAUAUAAUCAAUUUUCCCGAAUCGAUACUCUGCUUUACCUCAUGGUCUACCCUCAACAACCGAUGGUAAAGACCCGGACUAUCGAGCUGAUUCAUUACGACAAGCUUCCAGCAGGUCAAAAUGCAACAGUUGCUGUCAUGUCAUAUUCCGGAUACGAUAUUGAAGAUGCUCUUGUUCUCAACAAAGCUUCUUGCGAUCGAGGUUUCGGGCGAUGCCAAGUCUUUCGAAAGCAUACAACACAACUACGAAAGUAUCCCAACAGAUCUCAAGACCGCCUUGCUGACCGGCAAAUGGACGACAAGAAUCCAAGCAUGCCCAUCGCGAAGCAUGCGAUUCUCGGCCCCGAUGGUCUUGCAAUGGUAGGAGAGAAGGUCAUUUCAGGCCAGGUCUUCUUAAACAAGGAGAUGCCCUUGAAUACAACUUCAACAGGGAUUGGUUCAGACUAUGGAACAAAUGAACACAAACCUGCGCCGACGACCUACCGAACUCCAGACCACGCCUACAUCGACAAAGUCCUGGUCUCCCAAACCGAGGCGGAAGCAAUGAUCAUAAAGGUCCAAACAAGGCAAACCCGCCGUCCCGAGCUGGGAGACAAGUUCUCCUCCCGCCACGGACAGAAAGGCGUCGUUGGCAUCAUCGUCAACCAAGAAGACAUGCCCUUCGCCGACUCUGGCGUCACACCAGACAUCAUCAUGAACCCGCACGGUUUCCCCUCCCGCAUGACAGUCGGCAAGAUGCUCGAGCUCCUCUCCGGAAAAGCGGGUGUCCUCAACGGGACCCUGGAAUACGGAACCGCAUUCGGAGGGAGCAACGUCGACGACAUGGGCGACAUCCUCAUCAAGCACGGCUUCAGCUACUCCGGAAAGGACUUCCUGACCAGCGGCAUCACCGGCGAGUCCCUGCCAGCAUACAUCUUCUUCGGGCCCAUCUACUACCAGAAGCUCAAGCACAUGGUGCAAGACAAGAUGCACUCUCGAGCCCGCGGCCCAAGAGCAAUCCUCACACGUCAACCAACCGAAGGUCGUUCCCGCGAGGGUGGGCUGCGUCUGGGAGAAAUGGAGCGCGAUUGUCUGAUUGCGUAUGGAGCGAGUCAACUGCUGCUGGAGCGGUUGAUGCUGAGCAGUGAUGCGCACGAGGUUGAUAUCUGCGAGGUGUGUGGGUUGAUGGGAUAUCAGGGGUGGUGCCAGACGUGUAAGAGUACGAGAGGCGUGACGCGGAUGACGAUGCCGUACGCGGCGAAGUUGCUAGUACAGGAGUUGCUGAGUAUGAAUGUGCUCGUGAGGCUGAAGCUUGAGGAUGAGUUUCCGCAUCCAAGAUAAGGCAGGUAGAAGUGAGAGAUGGGGAGAGAUGCAUGUGAGGCGUUUUGUUAGAGUUGAGUGCAUAGCCAUGGCGUAUGAUGAGAUGCCUGAAUAAAAGACAUCUUAAAAUCUCACAUGAAUCACGUUCACGGCAAGAUGUCAGGUCAAGAUUUGG